AUGGAUGAUUUUUCUAGGAAGGUUUGGGUUUAUUUCAUGAAGCAAAAAUUUGAGGUUUUUGCAAAGUUCGAGGAAUGGAAAACAGAAACCGAGAAUCAAACUGGAAGAAAGAUCAAGUACUUAAGAAGUGACAAUGGAGGUGAAUAUACAAGUAAUGAGUUUACCGAUUACUGCAAGCAAGAAGGCAUCACAAGGCACUUCACAGUAAAGAAUAAUCCCCAACAAAAUGGAGCUGCUGAGAGGAUGAACCGAACUUUCAUAUAG